AUGAACUGCGAUUGGGCUGAUCUUGUUGCUGGGCUCGAUGGAGAGCCUGAGCAUAGUUUAGUGCCAGUAGAAGCACCUGGUAUAGUAGAUGAAGCUUUACCUCCUGCAGUAGAGUUGCCAGCACAAAUUAUUGAUUGGAAUGCACUUGAAAUAACUGAAAUAUAUGAUGAGUAUGAAGGAAGGUUGGAAAUCAUCGAGGAUGACCAUGUGUUUCGACUUUUGGGUUUGAGAGAUGAGGAAGAAAAUGCCGAGAAGGCUAGAAAAGAUGCAGGAAUAGGUGGUAUGCCUGCUGAGACGCCUGCUGAUAAAGCAUAUUGCCAUCUUGGAGUUGAUACUGCUGGGGCAUCCCUACCCGUUGAUGAUUUCAUACCAUGGGAGAAGGAGAUAGUGUAUGAUGCAAACAAGCCAUGCAUGAAUAUUGGGUCUGUAUACCCCAGCAUGAAAGAGUUCAGAUUGGCUAUGAGACAAUUUGCCAUCAAUGAGGAGUUUGAGCUUGCCAUUAAGAAAACUGACCGAACUAGAUACAUUGCUAAUUGUAAUGCAGAUGAUUGCCCUUGGCACAUUGUUGGUAGAACGCAGCCUGAUGGAAGAACUGUUAUGGUCACAGUAUUGAUUGCCCUGCACAAGUGUAUGUCCAGUAGUAGGAGGAAGACUACUACAGCAACAAGUGCAUGGGUUGCUUCAAAGGCUGUUCAUAUCCUUAGAAAGAAGGCAAUGGGCACUAAAGAGUUGCAGCUGAGGUUGCAAGAUGACCACAAGUGCACAAUUCAUUAUGAUACAGUGUGGAAGGGAAGACAAAAGGCUCUUGUAGAAGUGUAUGGUAGCUGGGAAGAUAGUUUUCAGCAGCUAUUCAAUUGGAAGGAAGAGGUCAUGAAGCGGUCACCAGGUAGUAUUAUUGAGAUUGAUGUCAAGGUUGUUGCUGGUCAGGUGUACUUUCAUAGAUUUUUUUGUGCAUUGGGUCCUUGCAUUGAAGGCUUUAAAGAAGGAUGUAGGCCAUACCUUAGUGUAGACUCUACAGCACUUAAUGGUAGGUGGAAUGGGCAUUUAGCUGCAGCCGCAGCACUAGAUGGUCACAAUUGGAUGUAUCCUGUCGCUUUUGGAUUUAUAGACUCUGAGACAUCAGAUAAUUGGACUUGGUUUAUGACAAUGCUUCACAGAGCUAUAGGAGAUAUGCCUACACUUGCUAUUUGUUCCGAUGCAUGCAAAGGGUUAGAGAAUGCAGUACAGGAAGUGUUCCCUCAAGCUGACCAAAGGGAAUGCUUUAGACAUCUUAUGCAAAAUUUCAUCAGGAGAUAUGGUGGUGACACUCACUCUAAGAUGUACCCUGCAGCAAGGGCAUAUAGAACUGAGGUGUUUCAACAGCACAUGCAGUCAGUUUUAGAAGCAUCUAGUGAUGUGUUGGUAUGGCUACAAACUCAUCAUUCAUUCAAGUGGAUGAGAUGUGCCUUCAACAAAGAAAUCAAGUGUGAUUAUGUCACAAAUAACCUUGCAGAAUGUUUUAACAAUUGGAUCAAAGACAUAAAGGACCUACCUGUUUGUGAGCUAGCAGACAAGCUGAGAGAAAUGAUUAUGGUGCUCUGGAACAAGAGGAGAAGUAUUGGAGAAAAAUUGACUGGUAACAUUCUACCAGCUGUUAUUCAACAACUAAAAGCAAAGACUAGAGGAUUGGGACACUUGACAGUGGUGAAAGCAGACAAUGUUCAAGGGGAGAUAUGGAAUAAUAGUAGUGGGUCCAGGAAUGUUGUUAAGGCGCCUUUAAAAGAAUGUACAUGCUUGGAGUGGCAGCACACAGGGAAGCCAUGCCAGCAUGCUUUGGCAUUACUAACAGCCCAGGAAAGGGAUGUCAACCUAGAGGACUACGUACAUGUCUACUACUCUGUGGAGAGCACCACUUGCUCCAAGGGGUGUAGGGAGGCAAAGGAAACUCAGGAUCAAAAGCUUCCUUGA